GCCAGGUCACGAUCUCGCGAGACAUGGGAUCAACACAGGUGUCACUUACAACAGUUGAGAGCAUCCUCAUGAUGACCCUUGAAUUGGAAACACUGAUUUUACCUAGCCGUAUGGCCUGCUGUCUCUGCCAAUUUAAAAAUACUGUUGAGGUUGUCUGUAAGACAGUCAAGCUACAUUGUGACAGUGCAUGUCUGACAAAUGGCACACGUUGUGAUCAGGAAGUAUACCUAAGGAAUGCAGAAGGAUCAUUCAUGAAGGUAUUGACAGCUCGAAAGAAGAGCGCCAGCACGGAGCUGACUAUUGAGCCAGAGAAGGCAUCCUCAGACAUAGAUCGUGUCAGUUUGUCAGCCUUUAUGAAUGAGCAGCUAGACUUCAAUGACGAAAGUGAUGUCAUUAGUGCACUGAAUUACAUAUUGCCUUAUUUCUCGGAGGGCAAUCUAGAAGACGUAGAAUCGACGCUGUUACCGUUGAUUAAACUUCUGUUUUCAAAUGUGCAAGAGGGAGACAAGCCCGUGGGUCACUCGAUGAACGACACAGGGGACCCUUCUCUUAAACCUGGAUCCAACGAUUCAACUUACAAUAAUACAAUGGGAAAACUCGACUUUCUGGAAAAUUUGUUAGAUGCAGAAAUUCAGGAAAAACUUGAUGACGUGAAAAAGAAAGAAAAAAUGGCCAUGCUUAUACAUUCCAGCCUUUUAGGUCCCAAGUUUAAACGUCAAAUCUUUCCAAAGAAAUUGGAAACUGCCCAACCGCAGGAGAAGAGCCUAGACGAGGUUGAGAGUGUGGGGGAAAAGUCCCUGAGAGUGAACAAGGUCAUCAAGGGCCCAAAGGGCAUACGGAAAAGGCACUUAAAAGAACUGAGACAUCAGAACAUCCAGAGUAAACAGAACGCCCAGCCAUCUGUGGAGAACAUGGCCAAGGAAAGAAGGCUCAGGACACCAUCCCCAGGAGAGCUUCCCGUAGCACACAGGCCCAGCAAAUCAGUCAGCUACUUUUCUUGGAAGCAGUAUGGCCAGGGGGAGGAAGAACGUCUCUCGGAUUUAAGCUUUGAAGAGCAAGAGUUCAAAUUGCUAGAGCUGGACUAG